AUGAAUGCACCUGAUGAAGGCAACGGCCAGGCAAUGCAUCCCAAUAACGGGCAACAGAGGCAGGGCAACGGGAAAGGAAAGACAGUAACGCUGAAUAUCGUGAAGGAGACCGGCAUUCGCCAAAUCACCUUCACAAAGCGCGAGGCAGGUGACGGCAACAACAACUACCCGAUGCAUCCCCAAGGCGGCGACGAAGAUGGCGACGACUACAUGCUGCAUCACGAGAACGAGCAGCGGAGGAAGGGCAAGGGGAGGCAGAAGAUCGAGAUGGCGAAGAUCGAGAACGACACCAAUCUCCAAGUCACCUUCUCGAAGCGCCGCGCAGGCGUCUUCAAGAAGGCGAGCGAGCUGAGCACGCUGUGCGGCGCCGAGUGCGCCCUCGUGGUCUACUCCCCGGGCGACAAGCCUCACUCCUUCGGCCACCCCAGCGUCGAAGUUGUCACCACCAGGCCGCCGAACAGGAGCGCAAACCGGGAGGUGGUGGCUGUGGAGACGCAGGUGGAUCAGGCGAAGCAGCGGAGGAAGGAGCUUGACGGCCUGCCUCCGGUGCUUCAGUUGGAGAGCCUCAACUACCAGCAGCUCGACCAGCUGAGGAACUCGGUGCUUAUGUACAAGCAGGGGGUUCAAGCCCAGUUCAGCGGUGGCGCCGGGGUUUAUGGCUACGGAGGCGGCGGCGCUGCGGCGGGGUAUGGACAGAAUGUGCAGUAUCCGCCGAUGGGGUAUGGUACGGCGGGCUACAACUAUGGAGCUCCCUCUGCCGGCGUCGUUCCCUACAACGCCGGCAUUGCUGGCGCUCAAGGCGGGGCUAAUUAUGGAGGAUUUCCCGGCGGCGUUCAAGGCGAGGCUAAUUAUGGAGGAUAUCCCGGCAGCUCUGACGGAAACGUCGGCGGUGCUCAAGGCGGGGUUAAUUAUGGAGGAUUUCCUGGCGGUUCGGGUGGCAACGUCGACGGUGGUCAAGGCGGGGCUAAUUAUGGAGGAUUUCCCGGCAACUACCACCACCACCCUGGGUAUUAG